AUGCCCCAACAGGAGUCGAGGAAAAGGCUGCAUCGGUCCACUGAAGUCGAAGUAGGCGGUCAGCAGAAGGUCAAGAAGUGCCGACGACUCCGUGCCAACGAUCGUGAAAGGAACCGCAUGCACAACCUCAAUGACGCCCUCGACCGCCUGCGGACCGUUCUUCCGGUUUGCCUCCCGGCAGCGGACGGCAACGUGUCGCCCGAACAAGAUCGUGAAGCGGAAGACCCUCUCAAAUUGACGAAGAUCGAAACGCUCAGAUUCGCUCACAACUACAUAUACGCAUUGUCAGAGACCUUGAAGAUGCUGGAUGGACAGAGCCCUCCGGAUACCGGCAUCAAUCCACUCCUCGCCGCCGUUGCGCUACAGGGAUCGCAAACGAAGACCUGCACGUCCCAACUCAAGCAAACGAUUCGGCGACACAUUUCAGGCUCGAGCGACCGACUGGCGCCUUGCUCGAGCGCGACAUCAAGCUCGAGCAGUUUCCAGAGCGUAGCUUUCCAGUCUGAGACAUCCUACCCCGAAAUCAACUCGUUCUGCUCUUCAAAUCCCUCAUCUCCAACCAGCGAGAGCUGCCACAGUCAACACAUCAGCUCUCCAGAAUGUUUUUUCGACAACACAUUUUAUUGA